AUGUAGAGUGUCUGACAGAGAGCCGGGAGGAAGCAAAAACAUGGACUGAAACACUGCAGUAAGAUAUACAGUGAUGGUGGCGUGGCUGCGGAAGGGGAGGGAUAGGAUCCAGACUGGAAAGUGACCACUCAUCUCCUUACGUGUCACAGGAGGACGAUGAGGCAAAGCCAUCGGUUGAGACAUGGACUGGGAAACCCUGCAGAGAUGCCUGCGAGAUGAGCUCCACCACAGAGUUUCCUGCCUUUACCGUUCCAUCCAACACCCACCCUAUCUUCAGCUCACCCCAGAGCAGCCUGUUUGACUGCAUGCCAGAUGAGUUCAGCUGGAUUAUCUACACAAUUGUGCUGUAAGGAGUGCCCUUAUCACAAACCACUGGGCUUUGAGGCUGGAUCUGUGACGUCUGACCAGAUCAGCUGCUCCAAUGAGGAUCAGUACACUGGAUGGUACUCCUCCUGGCUGCCCUGCAAGGCGCGUCUCAACAACCAAGGCUUCGGGUGUGCCUGGCUCUCCAAGUUCCAGGACAGCAGUCAGUGGCUGCAGAUUGACCUGAAAGAGGUGAAUGUGGUGUCGGGCAUCCUGACCCAGGGCCGCUGUGAUGCAGACGAGUGGGUGACCAAGUACAGCAUCCAGUACUGCAGCGACAAGAACCUGAACUGGAUCUACUACAAGGACCAGACAGGAAACAACAGGGUAUUUUACGGGAAUUCGGACCGGUCGUCUUCUGUCCAGAAUCUGCUGCGGCCGCCCAUCGUGGCACGCUACGUCAGGCUGCUGCCCCUGGGCUGGCACACACGCAUCGCCUUGCGCAUGGAGCUGCUCCUGUGCAUGAACAAGUGUGGCUGAGACUCCGCCCACCCUCCAAAACCCCUCCUUCCUUCGCUG